AUGCCAAACUCUUUAACGCGUCAUGUUAGCCUGAACGCAGGGUCCUGGGUGCUUGAGACGCUCGUAAAGCAUUAUUUCGACCAGCUGUUUAAAGAUAGGAAGGGUACAUUUGAUGCGGUCACGGUUGUUGGAGAGAAUAGAAAGAUCAGGCGAGAGGAACUUCUUUACGAUGAAGUAUUCCACAUCGUAAAGACGUUCUUAGAUGUAUCGACUCACCACACGAUAGAAGAACUUCAACAGUUCUCUAAUACACGGACGCCGAGCGCACCAUGGAUGCAUGUCACGCAUGUGCGCAUCCCUAUGUCUAUCUGCAACGAUGCAGCGCGAUACCUUAUAGAAACGCUUGGUGGGGAAGAAAUAACACGUCGAGUUGUUGGCGGAACGAAGUGGUGGCAAGUACGCGGGAUCAGGGGGGUCGAUGCGCAGUGGAUUGUUGCGAAGAAGGACUAUGAACGAAUCAAGAAACAACGGAAGCGUCAACAACAACAACAGGCGGAUCAGUUGAGGAAAGAAGCCACGGAGAAUGAAGAAGAAGACGCAGUGUACGACCCUGAGAUGGACGAACUCCGAUGUAUUCUGUAUUUUCACGGCGGAGGAUAUUAUUUUGGAAGUGUAGAUCAGGAGAGAUACUUUCUUCAACGCUUUGCGCGGAAGUCUGGAUGCCGAAUGCUUGCUGUAUCAUAUCGACUUGCACCUCAAUACCCUUUCCCUUGUGCUAUCCAAGAUGCAUUAGCAUCGUAUUUAUAUUUAAUUCGGCCACCACCAGACGCACCUCAUACCCCUGUAAACCCUGCACAUAUUAUUGUUGCCGGCGACUCUGCCGGAGGAGGACUCACGCUUGCCUUACUCCAAGUACUCCGUGAUGUUAAUCUGCCGAUGCCGGCGGGCGGCAUUCCUAUAUCUCCAUGGUGUGACCUCACGCACUCUUUCCCCAGUAUCCAUAUCAACACGGACACGGACGUCAUACCAAAAUAUGGCUUAUCGAUCUACAAGCCGUCAGUCCUGUGGCCACCGCCGUCGGAGGAGCUUACAGAUAAAGUGCAGGCGGGUCUACGUUCGCGGAUCAAGCAGGUUGCACAUCAAUAUCGGAGAGAAGUUAACGUGGAAGAAGUCAGAAGACAACCCACUAAGCGACCGAGCUUUUGGAAGCGUACAGUGUCUUUUCGCAAUCGUGAGAAACGUGAGGAGGGAAGUGUGUCCAGGGGUCGGUCCGCGUCUUGCAAUGCCUCAAAGGAGACACUUGCAGAUCAUGCGCGAAGCGGGGACAUUCGAGCUUCUGUCGUAAGGUCCAUAUCGCGACAAUCUUCACGGCAAAGCGAAAGAGGGUUAAACGCAGGACCUACAGCACACCUACCGACGGCUGAUGAAGCAAAUACUCAGACUCUCAGCGUGGUAGCAGAAAAUGGCGAGGUGAUACAAGUGCAGGAUCAGGUGCACAUGUAUGCGCCGAACACGCUUCUGUUGCAUCCACUUGUAAGUCCCGCAUUGGGAUACCUUGGUGGAUUGCCUCCGCUUCUUGUGAUCGUGAGCGAUGGAGAGGUCCUGAGAGAUGAGAUCAUUUACGCUGCUCACAAGGCUGCUCAUCCUGAGCGAUAUUCUGUCAAGCCUGAAGCAAGAAAGUUGUACCCAAAGCUUGAAGGUAUUGAGGAACGAUGUGAGCCAACGAAAGUACACCUUCAGGUCUAUGACCAGGCUGCACAUACGCUUCCGGUCUUGUUCUUCGCAUGCAGAGCUGCGAAGUUCUGCUUCCGUGCUAUGUCGAUAUUCAGCAGAUACACGUUCGGCACCCUUCCGGCACAGCCCUCACCAAGUCCUAGCUCAAAUAAUGAAAUCUCACCCCAAAGGAAAGGGUUUCGGCGAUCCAUUUCGCUUUCAGCGUCUGUCUCGAGGCGUCUUUCCAUGAUGGGAGGUCGCAAACGCCAUGUCUCUUUUACCCAAGAUGAAGUUGGACAAGAAAUACCUAAUGGCGAAGUUCUGAGUCCUAUCUCUCAGGCUAGCAGCCCUAGUCGACUCAGCGAGUCAAGCAGUAAUUCGUCCUCACUCGGAGGACUGAAUUCGCACCCUCAGUUGGACCAGGAGGUAAUGCGUUUUGCUGGUGACCCUGUCGUUUAUCAGAGACGCAAUGGUGGCCUUCCCUCGGCAUUCAUAGACAAUAUGAUUCGAGAACGCGUUUCCACGCGGGGAGAAAUCCGUCCACUUGAGCCAGAGGACCAGCUCCCCGCAUGCACUGUUCCUCCUGGACGAGUUGGCGUGGCAAGCGAGCUUGUUUUGCGCAGAUAUCUCGAAGGCAGCACGAAGUGGAACGAACGGUUCGCGAAGGCGAAGGAGACUAUCCGUAAACAACGUGCGCAGAGUUUGAAACUCGCUAGGAACGACACCGUACGAAAUGUUACGCAGCUUCAGAUGCACUUCUUCCAAAAUGCUGACGAAGAGAGGGAGCGGGAGGAUGGAGAUGUUGACCCGAAUGUAACCAUAGAUGGUUCGGUUAGGGAAGGAUUACGAACGUCUGCAGCAAGUUGGGCGUGGGCUUGGGCACUAGAUGGUGCGGAACAUCCUCCACCUAGUAGUAUCGUCGCGAGACGGGAUACCGAGGAAGCGCGCCGGCUUAGUCGAAUCGCAGACUUACCGGCUGAUACACAUGACCAUCGGAUGAGCGGGAACAACCUCUGGUCUUAUCUCGUAAACAAGCUGAGUCUGGAAAAGAGCGAGGCGAAGGAUGAGCAGCGCGCUGUCGAGAGAAACGAGGCGGACAGUAAUGGGAAGGAGGCUUCCAUUGAUUCUGCUGGGGAGACCGAAACGACAGCGAGACAGGACAUGUCCCAGAUGAAAGAAAAGAGAAUACAUUGGCCGAGAUCCUUGUCGAGAACUGUGAUGAGAUCGAAAGCCGCAAAGGAAGGAGAUAAGAAAGUCCAGACACCAGGUGGCACAAGCGUUCCAGUAUCCCAUACGAAUGGAAACAAUGACUCUAUCGGAAUGGGCACUAUCGGAUAAGGAUACAGACUAAUUAUAAUUUAUCGUGGCUUUCGGAUUUAUCAUGUUCUACUAC